CGAGGGCCUCGGCCGCGGGCGCCGCGGAGCCGGCGGGGUGCGCAGAAGCGGCGCUGGGAGACGGGCGGAGCCGAUUCUGAAGUAGCAAAUGCGAGUGGAAUUGUCAGAACUAUACUUCUGAUGAUGAUGGGAGCCAUUCUGGAUCCCACUUUAUACCCCUCCUUAAGAUGACUUACUGGGCUCGGGUAAAGAACCUAAGAAGAGAAACACUGAGUUUUGAAAUAUUGUAAAUAACCAUGCCUGAAAAGACAAUUUCCUGUUCUAACAUUGAAGGUGAUCAAGACAAGAAAAACAAUGCCCCGUCACAAGCUUUGGUUCUCUUUGGUGCCCCUAAGGAAGACACUGAGAUUUUUCAUGAAAAUAAAAUGACAAAUACUGAAGGGGUGAAUAAAGGCAUUUACUUUAGCUACCCAUGUCGACGUCAAAGCUGUGCUUUAGUAAACAUCCCAGCACCAUGUGUCAACAAAAUGAUUUCACACAUUGAAGAUUUGGAAUCUAAAAUACAAGAACAUUUGAAACGGUUUGAAACAUCUCUUGAGGAAUGGAGCAGAACUUCUUCCACACAAGACCAGAAGGAAGACUGGAGUAUUGCUACACCAGUGAAAGAGGUUAAACCAGAAGAGAGAGAUGAAAAGUGUCCAGAAUUAAAGCAGGAAAUGGAAACAUUGCUCUCAGAGGCCAUUUAUCUCAUUAAAAGUCUAGAAACUGACCGUGCAGAAGCUGAAGAAGCUUUAAAACAACAAAAAUCAAGAAAGAAAAAGAUUCACAUGAAAAUUGAUUCUUGGUCAAUCUGGAGACUUCAAGAAAUUCCAUUAGCUGUGCAGAAAGAACAUGAGGCCUAUUUGGGAGAUAUUGUAGAAUUACAAUGGCAUCUUGAAGAUAAAACUUAUCAACUAAAACAUUUUGAGAAACAAAAGGCAAAAGUAGAAGAAGUUAAUGCAAAGCUUCAAGCAGACAUAGACUACAUGAAUAAAUUUGGUCCUCUAAUUAACUCAAAACAGAACCAAGAAAUUGAAGCUCUGAAAGAAUUUCAAACAAAGAAAUUUGAGGCAAUGGAAUUAUACAAACAAACUCAAGAAGAACUUGAAGAAGCUAUAGAAAAUGUUGAAAAUGCCAAAUUGAAUGUUAAACAAAUUAGACAAAACAUGGAGCAAGACAUUCAUAAUGAUGAAACAACCAUAGAAGCCUACAAGAGAGAGAUAGAGAAACUUGACAAUCUAUAUCAUCACUACUCUACAGCGGUACAAAAUGUCAGUGUUAGUAUUGAGGAGAACAAAGAAGCAGUGACUGAAGCACUGAAGGAAACAAAGUCAUCAACAAAGGAACUAUCUGAUUUAUCAAAAAUGGUCAAUGAUUUAAAAAAAAAUUAUGAUCAACUAUCCUGGAAGAGAAAAAGUUUUGAAAAGGAGUAUCUGAGUGUACUUAAUGAUUAUUAUGCCGCAAAAAAAUCUUGGGAUAUUGAGCUUUCUAAUAUUGCAAGAGACUUUUCAGAUAUUUCGAUUGCAAAUGCUCAAUUGGCAGAAGAAAACAAAAAGCUUGCAAUUGAUAUUGAAACAGUGGCAGGUUUAAUCAAUGAAAGUAUAAAGAAAAAAGCAGAAUUGGAGUCUGAAAUCCAAUCUUUGAUGAAACUAAGGUCCAAAAAUGAAGACUUUCUUAAACAACUAUACAGGGAAGCUUAUCAGCUUGGUGCUGUUUUCCACCUAACCAAAUUUAAAACAGAGGAAUUAGAAGAGAAAAUAGCAGAAGUGAGAAGAAAAUUCAAGGGUAGAGAAGAAUUCCUGAAAAAACUCACACGAGGUGAAGUAGCUAAUGGAAUGAUGAUUCAGAAAAAACUGUAUUCCAUCCAAGAAGAACAGAUACUUGAGAGGCGGGAUCUUUUGGAAAAUAAAGCAAUGUGUACCCUAGCACUGGCAAAACUUGGGACACCUCUACUUCAACUAGAAGCAGAUGCUAUAAGAAUCAGAACUAUCCACAAAGAACAUUCUGAUAUAUUAAAUGAUAUAAUUGAGAGGAGAGACUAUGUUAAAAGAAACGUGGAAAGAACUAAGCAAAAAUUACGAAGAAGGGGGAAGAAAACUCGUGAUGCAAUAACAGAAACUGAGGAAAAACACUCAAUGAUUUUUAGAGAAAUAGAGAACACAAAAAGUAAAACGAUUAUUUAUCUUGCAAAAAUAGAUGAGUUGAAUAAGAACUUAAAAGAAAAAGAGAAAGAAAGUAAUAUUUUUGCUCAGACACUUGAGAGUUUAAAGAAUGAAUUUAUAACCAUGAGGUAUAAAAAGGAGCAGGCACAAGCAGUGUUUGAUCAUCUCAUAAGUGAAAAAAAAAUCUAUGAAGAGAAGCUCUAUGAGGAAGAGCAGAGAUAUCGAACACUAAUUACCAUGAGGCAAAAAACUCUGGCAGAUAUUAAAAAAAUACAAGAUGAUUCUCUAGAAGAAAAUCUACGUUUAGCUCAAGAAUAUCAAAAAUUACAGACUACUUUCUUAACAGAAAAGGACAAUUAUUUCAAUCUAUAUGAUAGACAGUUAUCACUUGAUGCUUCAAUUCGAGAUAAGAAACAGCUCUGUCAGCUGCAAAGAAGGAUACACAAGGUGUGGCAGAAGCACUUCAAACUCGUGGUCCUCUACAGCCAGAUGAGGCUGGCCAAGUUCCAGACAGACUCUCAAGAGAGUAUUCAGAAAAUAUUAGCUGUGCAGGAGGAAUCUUCAAAUUUAAUGCAACACAUCUUAGAUUUCUUCCAGACUUUGACAGAUGGCUCAUGUAAAGACGAUGGUUAAGCAAACAACCAAUGUAUCUUGGAUGCUGAAAUAAAAGACAAGAAAAGUCACACAGUUCAGAUAACAGUGUAAUUGGACAUUCACCUGUUUGCCAUUUCACACUUCCAUGGACGAAAAACUCACUCACCUCCCAGCAUGCUUUGCCACUCUUUUACUUACAGCAAAUCCAUAACAAUGAAACAGGUGACUUUCAUGCUGCUGUCAGGAACGAUCUAAUUUCAGCUCUGGGUGACUGAUUGCAAUUGGCUUUGCCUCAUCUGAUAAUUAAUCUAUGUCACCAUUAAUUGGAAGAGAGAAUAAUUACUGGCAGUGUUGACAGUGACUGUUCACUUCCCCAGAUUUCCCCAUCGUGUUGGCCCAAAUAAAGGCUUUGCGAUUCAGUACUUAAAGUUUGUUUAAACUGUAACAAUACCUAUGCCCAUGUGACACUUUCAGACACUCUGUCUAAUGUACUUUUGUUUUUGUGUUUACCAAUCUUUUUUAGCUCACUGAGAGCUGUCUCUCUCAAUCACUCCUCAAUGUUCUAUCUUAAUUUUGUGGAAGUUUAAAGUUUUCAAUGAGCUGGAGAUGAAUGAUUAAUGAAUAAAUUUAAAUGCUUCAUUUUGUCCAUGGAUCAUUAGUCAAGUCCUUUGUGGUAAGGACCUGAGAAAGGAGGGGAAAUUAU